AAGACCAUCUGAUCAGGAUGGGCGGCCUGGAAAUGUGAGGUUUUACUAUAAAAUACCGUGCUUCUAAUGUUGUAUUAUGGUUCACCUCUAUUGCAUUUUACGAAUUGUAGCUGUCUGGUCAUUUUUAAGUUUCCAAUGUUUGUAGCUGGAUAGUAGAAUUCAUAAGAUUUUUAUGCUUUAUUAACUAUGCAGAUCAGUAAGUAGCAAUUGAUAUCAAACCUCAUGAGGCCAAAUGGCCAAGGCUGAUAGCAUGACAUUCAUAGACCAUGAGGCACCUGAGGUUCUUCUUAUAUUCUCAUAUGAAAAUGAUAUGACAAUCAAUAGCUUUGAGGCAGCCGGCACCUUGUUUUCAAUCUUUAGCUGGGGCCAAAUGGUUCAUUUCCUUGGUCCUGCAGUAACAAUCGUUCCAAAAGAAGACAAAUUCCAUUGUGAAUUCAGCCGAUCUGCUCUGUAACAAAUUCCAACAGCCACUUGAGCAUAGGGAUUUCCUCUAACUUCUAUCUGGAAAGUAUCACUUGUUACAUGUAUACUUCCCACAAAGCUAUAUUGCAGACCUGUUUGCUUCAAACCUUAGAGCGAUUAAUCAUCCAAAAUGAAGCAAACCCCAAUUUGUGUAAUCUUCAUUUCACUCGCUCUACUUUUCCACUCAACAAAUUCUGCUGUGGAGGAGGGAGUCAAGGCCUCCCUCAUCAAAUUUCUUGCAAAACUGAAUGGGACCAAUGCCCAACCCGAUCCAAGUUUUGGUUGGAAUAAUGCCACAGAUCCGUGUCAGGGUGGCUGGAAGGGGGUGAUCUGUGAUACUCAAACCAAUAGUUCUGUAAGAAGGAUAUAUCUCAAUCAGAGUAGCCUUUCAGGGGUUUUUGAUGCUGCCUCUCUUUGCAAUGUGCCACCUCUUGCUUCAUCUCUCGUGCACAUUAAGCUCGAUCAGAACAAUAUUGGCGGACAGCUUCCAGCUGAGAUUGUAAACUGCAAAAAUCUCAAUCGCCUGCUUAUACGCCAUAAUCAGUUUUCUGGCAACCUUCCUGACUCGCUAGCCAUGCUUAACAACCUGAAAAGACUUGAUAUUUCAUAUAAUAGCUUCUCUGGUAGCAUGCCAAAUAUGUCGCGGAUUUCAGGUCUUUCGACGUUUCUUGCUCAGUAUAAUAAGCUGACAGGUGAGAUACCAAAUUUUGAUCUUACCAAUUUUGAGAUGUUCAAUGUUUCUUUCAAUGAUUUCACUGGUGCUAUUCCUGUCAAGACGGGACGUUUCGAUCAAAGUAGCUUCAUGGGCAAUCCUGGAUUAUGUGGGCCUCUGUUGAACAGAGUUUGUUCAUUAUCGUCAGAUGACAAUAUAGCAAGUCAUAAAGAUGGCGUAUCAAAAGAUGAUAUCCUUAUGUAUUCAGGGUAUGGAUUAGUAGGCUUUGUUUUUCUGGGUCUCAUAAUUUACAAGGUGGGUAAAAGAAAUAAGAAAAAUGAGAAGGGUGAUUCAAUUAACCAAGUUUCAUCAGUUGAUGACGGUAUGGAAAAGCCAGGUGAAGUUUCAGCUGAUUAUAAAAUUGCGGCAAGCAGAUCAGCUGAAAAUAGUGCAACGGUUUCUACCUCGCUUAUAGUUCUAACAAGUCCUGUAGUGAAUGGAUUUAGUUUUGAGGACUUGCUGAGAGCUCCUGCUGAGUUGAUUGAAAGAGGAAAACAUGGUAGCCUUUACAGGGUUAUAUGCGAGAAUGGAUUAAUCUUAGCAGUAAAAAGAAUUAAGGGUUGGGCAAUUUCAAGCAAUGAAUUUAAGCAGAGAAUGCAGAAAAUAUACCAGGUUACCCAUCCAAAUGUAUUGUCACCUCUUGCUUUCUACUGUUCUAAACAAGAGAAGCUGUUGGUUUAUGAGUACCAGCAGUACGGAAGUCUACAUAAGUUUCUCCAUGGAACUCAAACAGGUCAAGCAUUUGAAUGGAUCAGCAGACUCAAUGUUGCAGCUAGAAUUGCUGAAGCAUUAGCCUUCAUGCAUCAAGAGCUUCGUGGUGAUGGGAUUGCACAUGGCAAUCUAAAAUCCUCUAACGUCUUGUUUAAUAAGAACAUGGAGCCUUGCAUAAGUGAGUAUGGACUAAUGGUUGUUGAUAAUAAUCAAGACUCUUCUUCUUCUUCUUCAUUCAGCAGUCCCAAUGCUUUCAAGGAAGACGUUUACGGUUUUGGCGUGAUUCUGCUUGAAUUACUCACUGGAAAACUAGUGCAAACCAAUGGAAUUGACUUGACUACAUGGGUUCAUUCUGUCGUUCGAGAAGAAUGGACUGUAGAGGUCUUCGACAAGAUUCUUAUAUCAGAAGGUGCAUCGGAAGAGAGGAUGGUGAAUCUGCUCCAGGUUGCUAUAAAAUGUGUUCACAGAAGUCCAGAGAAUAGGCCUGCAAUGAACCAAGUUGCUGUCAUGAUCAAUACCAUUAAGGAGGAGGAAGACAAAUCUGUAACUUUUGAAGGAUGAAUUAUGAAUGUUUUCCAACAUAAAUUACAGCUGCUAGCUUGAAUGAUGAAUACGAAACACUGCAAAAAUACAUGGUAUAGGAAAGUUUGUUCCAUUCCCAUUUUUUUUCUUCUUUUACAUGUAGUGCAGAACAAAAUUAACAUUUCUUUUUCCAAUUAAUAAAUGAGUUAU